GCGACCAUGUCUGUACCCACAUAUGCACUGGAAUCCGGCUCCGCGCUUCCGCAUCGAAAGCCGCCACCCCCAUAUGAUGCUCUACUGAAGCGACAGUUGCGGCGAAACGAGAUGGCAAGGCAAUAUAUGGCCAAAAAGCGCGCUAAGCUCAAGGACAGGCCAGCUCGGGAGCAAGAGGAGGCUGCUGCACGCGCGAGAGCAUAUCGCACGCGCUAUCGCCAGAAGAUCCGCAGUGCCAAAGCGCGAGAGCAACCACAGCCUCUCACCUUACACUGGGCCACACCUAAUUUCCCAAUUCAAGAUAACGAAUCCUUCUAUUUCGAGCAAUAUAGCGACGACAAGUGGCCUGGGCUGAACCUCUAUUUUUCGGAACCUCCUCUGCAACCCUCGAAUGACUUCCAAACAGCCCAUCCUCCUCGUGUGGAUUCACAAGCGCCAGAGCCAGUGCAGUCUUCCCCUUACUUCCGAUUUGACGACAAUCCAUGGCAGCAACCAACACCAGCACGCCAAGUCGAAGAGGUCGUUCCAGCAUCCCCUGCUCCAAUCACACAACGAUAUGUCAGCGAGGAUGAGCGACAUGCCCGUUGGUGGUGA